ACUGCAAUCCACAUUACAUUUGUGUAGAUCUUACCGCUCUUACCUCGAAGCACUUGGUUUUCUGCAACCUGCAAUGUGUUGUUGUUCUAUUUAAUGCCACAAGAGAUCACGGUGUUCGCCGAGCGGCUGGUGUGCAGGCGAUGGGGAACCAAGGCAUCGCGAGCGAGAAGAAGAAGAGGAGAGCGAGGAGAGGCCCCUUCACGAGCCUCAGCUUCUCGGCGAGCCUCCCGGGCGACGUCCGCGGCGCCCUCGCGGAGAGCAUUUGCGCGGUGAAGUACUCGUCCGACCCUCUUGCUGACUUCAGGGAGUCGAUUCUGGAGAUGAUCAGAGACGGCGGCGUCAAAGACUGGGAGGAGAUGGAAGAGUUGGUCUACUGCUACGUCGUUCUCAAUUCAUCGGGCGUCCGCUGCUUCAUCGCGGAUGCAUUCCUCAGUGUGUGUUCUCCUUGUCUUCAGCUCCCAUCAGGGAAUGAUCAUUAGGUGUUUUCUACGCAUUUUAGAUGACUGACAACACCACAAAGGAAGUGAUCGUUCCAUCUAUCCAAACCAUGAAUGAUGUGAAGGAAUCUUCAACGAAGACGGCAGAGCUAAUAAUAAGCGAUGCUUCAAACUUCUGAUUGACUAUCUACAUGGAAAAUUUCUCUACAGCAUCUUCGGACUUGUAUAUUCUUUUUUAUGCUUUCUUGAAUGGCUUCACGACGACCUCUCAGAUACAAUCUGAAUCGGUUCUUUACCAACUCCUGCCGGAUUAAUACAGCAUCAGCAGAUAACUUCAUUCAGCAUUUUGCCGUCGAGUUUGUGCCGUUUGCUGCACGGGGAGAAAUGACCACUUUGACAGCCAAAUCGUUGUCGUCUUCUCCUGUCUUGACAUGAGCAGAGUGCCAAAUCUGACGCAGAAGCUAAGCAGUGAGUUCUUGGCAGCGGCAAGGACAGCAGAGAAGUGAAUGAUCAGAUCAAGCUUUGUGAACGUCAUGAUUAGGCAAACAGUGUCAAACCUUAGACAUCAAUUUUAAAGGCAUUCCACCCACCGAUCCCUUAUGCAAACAGAAGAAGGAUUGCAGCAAGGUUGACUAAUGGCUAAAAUUCUGUGACUGGUGGCGCACAAACUCUGUAUCAAUUAUACUAAAUUGCCUCCUAGACAAAUGCAAACAACAGCUAUGGUUGCUAGAUGACAUGAUUGAAGCGUCAGGAAAUUGGAGUCAUCAUGGAUCCCCACGAUACCUUGCAACCAACAUUGACAAGCUUUUCGAAUGCAUUAUCUCUUCAGAACCAAGUCAAACAAUCUUCUCAUCUCCCUCACCCACCCACCCUGACAACAACCCUUCACCUCUGAGUGCUUGCAUGACCCAUUCACCCUCCCCCUUCUUUGUGUGUGGCUCAACAUGAAUACACAGUGUGGCUCAGAUGUCCACUCCAAGCAAGCAGAUGGACCUCCUCGUCCCUAUGGUUUCCUGAGGCCGUAAGCUAAAAGGCCACCCCAACCAACCGGGAGAGUAAUAAAGAAAGUGCAGCAACUGCUUCAACAGCUGCGGAGGGAGGAAGAAGAGCAGAAGAGAUUGCGACGACGCGAUCCAUGUCUCGUUUGUUCUGAGAGCAGAUGAAUCAUUUCAACAUCGGCAACGAAGCAUGAAGAACAUCGAGAAGUUGUUCUUCACGUGCACCAGAUGGCAGGUCGAGGAAACCAUCGAUCUCAUCAACUGCCCUUACCAUUACUUCUGCGACAGCGCCUACCGAGGCGACUACUCUCCCACCGUCGACUUGCUGGUGCUCCUCUUCGCCGUCUCAUCUUUCUUCUCCGCCACGGCCUUCACCCUCCGGGAAUUCAGCCUCAGACGAAGCCGAACGGAGCCCAGCAUCGGAAGCUUCAAAAGAAGGCAUCUGUUGCCUUCAGGUCCGAUUGCACUUACUCUGGUAGUCCUAAUCUUUGCGAAUGGGCAGAGGAUCAACACCAUAUUCCCCCUCUCGCGCUUCGGCCCAGCUCUGCUCCAGCUUGUUUACUUCUCAGCUCUGGCUUUUAGGAAUCGAGCGGAGACCGAUAUCAAGUAUGGGGUACUCGAAGCCUCGACUGUGUCGGGGAUUCUGCAUGCGAGUCUGCGCCUCGACUCCAUCAUCUUGCCUUACUACACAGGCUUGGAAGCUCUGACCGACUCCUACUUCUCUGGCGUUUGUACAACGUGUGUGUGCCGAAGAAAUGCUUUGGCGGCAGGAGGGAGCAGCGUUGCGUACAGAGGAUGGUCCAAAACGACAGUGUUGAUAGCCACUGCUCUUUGUUCGAGGAUGGCAUGCAGAAUUGUCGGAGAACAGAAGCUGGCAUUGUCGAUCAGACUGACACUCGAAGGUGUCAGCUGGCUGUUGAUGGCGAAGGACUCCUUCGACCUGAUGCUGGGUGUUGUUCCACAGGGGAGUCUGCUAACGACGGUGGUUUAUGCCGGGCUCUGCGUUCUGAUCUUUCUCAAUUUCCUCAGAAUGGUAUUCAAUCUCUCGGUCUCCGUAGCAGAAAAGCAUCACAAGAAAGAAAUAAUUGUUUUGUGCCGUAACGAUGUUGAAAUGGCACGGUGAGCAGAAAAUUCAUACGAAUUACUUGCUUGUAAAAUGAUUCUUUCAUUUUAUCGAAAACAGAUGUUAUGAACUUGUACAGCUUUUGUACAUUGAGUUAUUGAGAAC